GAGGAGACAGAGAAGAUGGCUGAUGAGAGUGAGAGAGGUAUGAAGGUCAUCGAAAACCGAGCCAUGAAGGAUGAGGAGAAGAUGGAGCUCCAAGAGAUGCAGCUGAAGGAGGCCAAGCAUAUUGCUGAAGAGGCAGACCGCAAGUAUGAGGAGGUUGCCCGUAAGCUGGUGAUCCUGGAGGGGGAUCUGGAGCGCUCCGAGGAGAGAGCAGAGGUGGCCGAGAGUAAAUGUGGGGACCUUGAGGAGGAACUGAAAAUUGUCGCCAACAACCUCAAAUCUUUGGAGGCCCAGGCUGAUAAGUAUUCCACCAAGGAGGAUAAAUAUGAGGAGGAGAUCAAGCUGCUGACAGACAAGCUGAAGGAGGCUGAGACUCGGGCAGAGUUUGCUGAGAGGUCUGUGGCAAAGUUGGAGAAGACCAUUGAUGAUUUAGAAGACGAGGUCUAUGCCCAGAAGAUGAAGUACAAGGCCAUCAGCGAGGAGCUGGACAAUGCACUGAAUGACAUCACCUCCCUCUGA